AUGAUUAAUGAAACAGUACCUCUAACUAAAAAUCAGUACUUCUAUAUAUGUGCAUGCGCAUUUCUAUCUACAUUAGGUGUUAUGGGACUAUGUCAGAUGAUACUUGAUAUUAUAUUAGGUGCAGUAUAUAUAUUUAUUAUGCUUAUUGGUAUCCGUGGUGUUUGGAAGAGAAAGAAAAACUAUCUCUUCUUGCUCAUGUGGAUUCUCAUUGGUAUGGCAUUCCUCGAGAUCAUUUCAGUGGCUGUCGUAAUCAUCCUCGAAAAGAAAAAACAUAAACACUCUAGAUUUGGUUUCUAUCCAGAUUUAAUACUUAAUAUAUUUAAAAUCAUUUACUGUCUUGGUUUAUCCUUCUUUACCAAUUAUAUUAGAAAUACUUUGGGUUACAAGAGACCACCAACACAAUUGAAUAGAAUUUAA